AUGGCGCAGCGCGUGCUGACCAUCCAGCGCCACGUGUUGGCGGGGGAUGCCUCUGUGACCGGGGGCGUCUGUGUGCGGGGCGUGAGUGCCGCCGAGGACGCCGACUUCGCGGCGCGGUGCAAGGAGAUGUCCGCGUGGAUGGCCCAGGAGCGCUUCAAGCACACCACCCGGCCGUACAAGGUCGAGGACGUCGUCAAGUUGCAGGGCACCGUGCCGCUGCACUUCACGGGCGCGAAGGUCUCGGAGAAGCUCUACAGGAUGAUGCGCGAGCACCAGGCCAAGGGCACGUGCUCCCACACCUUCGGCGCGCUGGACCCGGUGCAGGUGGUGCAGAUGGCGAAGUACCUGACCACCGUCUACGUCAGCGGUUGGCAGUCGAGCUCCACCGCGUCCACGUCAAACGAGCCAGGCCCUGACGUGGCCGACUACCCGUACGACACGGUGCCGAACAAGGUAGACCAGCUCUUCAGGGCCCAGCUGUUCCACGACCGCAAGCAGUACGAGGAUCGGCGGCGCAUGAGCCCCGAGGACCGUGCCAAGACGAAGCCAGUAGACUACAUGAACCCCAUCAUCGCCGACGCCGACACCGGCCACGGCGGCCUCACCGCCACCAUGAAGCUCGCCAAGAUGUUUGUGGAGUUCGGCGCCGCGGGCAUCCACAUCGAGGACCAGAAGCCCGGCACCAAGAAGUGUGGCCACAUGGGCGGCAAGGUCCUCGUGUCCACCUGGGAGCACAUCCAGCGCCUGAUCGCUUGCCGCCUGCAGGCCGACGUGCUGAACUCGCCCCUUGUUUUGGUCGCCCGCACGGACGCGGAGGCGGCCACGAUGAUCGACUCCAACAUCGACCCGAUCGACCAUCCCCACAUCAAGGGCGCUACGGUGCCGGGCGUGGAGAGCCUGUACGACGCCAUUAGGAAGGGCACCGACAAGGACUGGGAGGAGCGCGCUGGCGCGAUGACCUACCCGGAUGCGGUGGCCAAGGCGCUGAAAGCCAAGGGCACCGACCCGAGCAAGUGGCUGAAGGACUCCCUGAAGAUGUCCCUGACAGAGAUGAAGGCGGCCGCGGCCAGCAUGGGCGUCGGCGACAUCUUCUUCGACUGGGACUGCGCUCGGUCGGUGGAGGGCUACUUCAGGAUCAAGGGGUCAACCGACUUCUGCAUCCAGCGCGCCAUCGCGUUCGCCCCGUAUGCUGACUGCAUCUGGAUGGAGACCGGCAAGCCCAUCCUCAGCCAGGCGGCGAAGUUCGCCCAGGAGGUCAAGGCCGCUGUGCCUCACCAGAUGCUCGCCUACAACCUCAGCCCGUCCUUCAACUGGGACACGGCAGGCAUGACCGAUGCGCAGAUGGAGUCCUUCAUUUGGGACCUGGCGAAGCUUGGCUUCUGCUGGCAGUUCAUCACCCUGGCAGGGUUCCACUGCGACGCCCUCAGCAUCGACCUCUUCGCGCGCAGCUACGCGACGAAGGGCGCCGCGGCCUACGUGCAGAUGAUCCAGCGUAAGGAGCGCGAGGAGAAGGUGGAGACACUGACGCACCAGAAGUGGAGCGGCUCCGAGAUCGUGGACGAGAUGGGCAACAUCAUCUCGGGUGGUACGUCGUCCACAGGCAUCAUGAGCGCGGGCGUCACCGAGAUGACGACCCGCCGCGUCAUCAUCCUGGUGCUGGUCAUGCUCUUCAUCAUGCCACAGUUUGCUCCCAGCGAGCAAGGGCUGGUGGAGUUCCACUCCUCCGCCAACUUCGGUGCGGAGCUGGUUUACGAGAGAUGGCGGCAGUGGUGCUUUGACGGCUGGGACGGGACCACCGACACCCUGCCGUGGUGCCUCUCGUCCGCGGCGUCCGACGACCUGGCGGCGGCGAGGCAGCUCAGGAGAUACCAGUUCGAGAACUCUCUGCUGGAUUAUGUGUACCGGCUUCACGUCGGAGACGACUUCACUUGGAGGCUCUACUGGCUGGGCCUCAACUCGACCUCGCUGGUGCAGACCAACGAAGCCAGCUCGCUCGAAGCCAGAACCGACGCGGCGAAGGAGUUCCUGGGGUCGGUGGGUCCGCUGAACCAGGUGAAGUACGUCGGCAGCUCCAGGGCGCUACCCGCUAGUGGGCUGGACGCCUGGGACACGCAGUUCACCAACCCCGACUGGCAGCAGCCCCUGUACAAGGUCCCCGCCGAGGUCAAGACUAAGCUCACGCGAGAGUGGACGGAGAAGUGCCCCCGCGACCCGAGCGACCCAGACUUCGCGUUCCGCUUCGUCGGCGUGCAGGUGCAGGACGGCGUGGACGAGGGGAGCGGGUGCUCGGUGAGCGAGCACCUGAGGUGUUCGGAGACGUCCUGGAUCGUGGUUCGCAGCAGGACCGAUACGGAGGACCACCACCUCAGCGUGGCGUUCGCCUACGACACCAGGGGCUCCACGAGGUUGGAGGCGGAGCUGAGCAUCGGCCAGACGUGGUUCAUCUGCCUCUGUGUGGCCAUAGGGGCCAUGUCCUUCAACAAGGACGCCAACGAGCUGCUCCUGAAGCCCAUCGAGCGCAUGAUCACCAAGAUGGAGAGCAUCAAGGACAAUCCGCUGGAGGCCGUGCGGACCUGCGGGUAA